UACGGUGAUGGGCACGCCCGUCAGUUGACGGGCACGGAGGGGUCGGCUAUGGCGACAGCAAGCAUUGGAUGGAGGUGGACGGGUAACUUAACUCACAGAGAGUGAGAGCGUGAGUGGGCUUGGGCCGGAGAAAUGGCGCUCUCUUCGCCGGGCAGUAACAAGCUGGGAGCUGCUCGUGUCUUGGUGGUGGUGCUCUUUGUGCUAAUAUCGAGAUGUGGCGCCACCGGAGGAGGAGGAGACAAUGAUGUAUCUCACGAUGACGAGGAUGCACCCAAGCAUCUGGGCUGUGACAACAACUUCGAAUUGGUGAAGGUGAGGAAUUGGAUUGACGCGGUGGAAUCCAAGGAGUAUGUGGGGAUCAGUGCCAGGUUUGGAGCUUCCUUCAAGACGCUGGGGCGUGAAGAACACUUCCUGCCCCUGGCUCUGCUGGAUUCACCGGAUGGCUGUGUCAACACGUCUCAGCGGCUGGAAGGCGCUGCUCUGGUCCAGAGGGGUGGCUGCUCCUUCACCACCAAGGCUCGAGUUGCCCAGUCUGCCGGCGCUGUGGCCUUGCUCGUCUUCAACGACAGGGAAGAGCUCUACAAGAUGGUGUGCUACGACAAUGACACAUCCUUGGACAUCAAAAUCCCCACAGCCAUUUUGCCCAUGUCUGCAGGCAACAGCCUCCAGAGUGCAUUGGAGGCCAACAAGAAAGGUGAAAACUCUACAUGGUUUUCACAACUUUGCAAUGUUUUCGUUCCAGUCAGGGUGAUUAUGGAUUCGCCUGGAAGGCCCCUGGUGGAUGUUGCCGAAGUAUGCCUGUGGCUCAUCGCCAUGGGCACUAUCCUCUGCGCGUCAUUCUGGUCUGCCUGGGAGGCAAAAGAGGCUGCUCACGAGCGCUGUAAACGGCUAAAGGACGCUCCAGACGCUCCGCUUACUCACACCUCCACGGUGGCCGCGACUCCAGCCGGCAAUGGUCUCUAUGUCACCGUUACGUCGGCAGUCCUGUUUGCGGUUUUUGCUUCGGUGUUCCUCAUCCUCGUCUACUUUUUUAUGUCCAAAUGGUUCUUAACGCUUCUGGUCGUCAUCUUCUGUUUUGGUGGAGUAGAGGGGCUACAAACUUGCUUGGUCGCUUUCCUUUCGAGGUGGUUUACGCAUACAAGCCGAAAGUUUGUGCUCCUUCCCGUCUUUGGUAGCGUCUCAGUUCUCUCAAUGCUUGUGUCACCAUUCUGCAUCACCUUCGCUGUCCUGUGGGCCGUGUACCGGCAUGUAAACUUUGCGUGGAUUGCUCAAGAUAUACUAGGCAUUGCUCUCAUUGUCACUGUUCUCCAGAUUGUGCACCUUCCAAAUAUAAAGGUGUCGGCAGUCCUUCUGGGAUGCGCUUUCUUCUACGACAUAUUCUGGAUUUUUAUCUCCCCAUUCAUUUUCAAACAAAGUGUUAUGAUAGUGGUUGCACGGGGUGACAAAACCGCUGGAGAAGGCAUACCAAUGGUCCUUAAAGUACCUCUGAUUUACGACCCCUGGGGAGGAUACAGUAUCAUAGGCUUUGGUGAUAUACUACUUCCAGGGCUUUUAAUAUCCUUUGCUCUGAGGUUCGACACAGUGACUAGAAAAAGCUUGCGAGAAGGUUACUUUUUGUGGUCGAUAAUAGGCUAUGGCCUGGGUUUGUUUCUUACGGACGUUGCAUUGAACGUGAUGCAUGGGCAUGGACAACCUGCCCUCCUCUACAUCGUACCUUGCACUCUGGGAACAAUCGUUGCUCUAGGGUGGCGAAGAGGCGAGCUGGGAUCCUUGUGGUCCAAGGGAGACAGCCUUGAGAUGCAGCUGGAAGACGAUUGCACAGAAGCAUAAACUUAGUGUUGCACUCUUACUGCACUUUAUAGUAAGUGCCCGACUUGACAUGCUGGAGCUUGCCAUCAGCCCCAUACUUCCAGGAGAUCAUCCUCACCUCGUCACCACUCAUAACCCAGCUCACCCCAAAAGCAUGCUCCUUACCAAUGGCUGGCUUGGCCGGAGCGAAUGCUGUGAAAUUGUAAGGCAUGUGAACAAGAGCGUACUCGUUGUC